AUGGAUAAGACAUUGAAUGGAAAAACUGUUGUGUUAUCAGGGGCAGUCAAUGGAAUUGGUUAUGAAAUUGUUGGAAAUUUUCUCCUAAAAGGAGCAAAGCUUGUUAUUAUACUUGACAUCAACGAAGAUAAGGGAUUUAUGGUGGAGAAAUCUUUGAACGAUAAACACGGAGAUAGUAUAGAAGAUUUUAUCAAAUGUGAUGUAGUAUCUGAUCUAGAAUCAGUUGCACAAAAAUCUUCAACAAAUUUGACGAAGUUGAAAUUGAGAAUGUCUUAG